AUGGCGGCGACAAAUACGGCACCCUCCGACGACCUAGGCGUUGAAGGCGGCAUUCAUCAUCUACAUCACGAGGAAGAUGAUGGUCAAGAUUAUGCUGCUGGCGGAGAAGAUGAAGGCAAUGAAGAAGAAGAAGAGGAGGAAGACGGAGAAGCUGAUGAGGAGGAAGCGUUAGAAGACGACGAUGAAGACGACGCCACGGCCAGCGACUCCAAUUCAAACUACUCAACCGCCUCGGAAGAUGCCUUGCCGCCCAUCCACGAAUAUGGCCACGUCUACCACGGCUCGGGCCGCAUGGUCACCCCCAACGACAGAUAUGAGAACGAGCGCCAGGGCUACCAACACGAGCUGUUUACGCUCUGCCUCGGCGGCGCCCUCACCUUCACCAAGCUGCCCCUGGAGAAGCUCGAUCCCGAGGCCCCUCACUUCCACGUCCUCGACGUGGGCUGCGGCGGCGGCCAUUGGGCCAUGGAGAUGGCGCAGACCAACCCCCUCGUCGACGUGCUGGGCAUUGAGCUGAGCAGCGCCAACCUGCCCAAGGAGGUGCCCCCGAACCUGACGUUUGAGAUUGCCGACGCAGCGGACGACUGGCCGCCGCGGCUCUACGACUUCAUCCACCUGCGGAACCUCGUUGGCGGCGGCAUCCGCGACUGGAAGAGACUCAUCGUACAGGCCUUUGACCACCUCAAGCCCGGCGGCCAGCUCGAGUUCACCGAGGUCACGCCCAUGUUCUUCGCCGUCGACCCCGACCCGCUGGCCGAAACCCCCUCGGACACGUCCUCGGCCGGCGGCGCCGAAGACUCAGAGAGGCCCAGGGCCGCCGUGGGUGCCGCCGCGAUAGAGUACGGCACUAUCUUUGCGGAGAUUUCGGCCGCCCAGGGCAUUGACUUUGACCCGACGCCCAAGGUGCGGCCGUGGCUCGUGGAGGUGGGCGCGGAGAGUGUGCGCGAGAGGUCGGAUUGGCUGCCGGUGCGGAACUGGGCGAGAGAUCCGCUGACGAAGAAGAAGGGGGAGAUUUUGAACAAGAUGCUUGCUCCAGGUUGUGACCACUGGACGCUGAGAAUGUUUGGCCUCGCUGGCUGGAAAGAAGAAGCGACUCGGGAAUUACUGGGCAGAGUCAUGGAAGAGUACCGGGAUCCUCUGCUCAGGAGCUGCAUCAAAGUAACCUUUAUAUCGGCAAGAAAACCUUCCAGCAAAGGCAGUAAGUUGAAGAGUUCAGACAGAUCACAAUAA